AUGGCUCUCGUCGCAGUCGGAAUGAUAGGCGUUGCUGCCUAUCAAGCUGUUUCAAAGAGGAGAGAGGUCAAGCGGUCGUUACAAGAGCAGGAGGCGCUCAUGGCAGCGGGUGCUGUCCCUGUCCCCUUCCUCGAACAGGCAUCUCCCAUUACCCCGAGCGAGACAGACUCGGAGAGCCCCACGCCGAGCCCAUCCAUCUCGCGAUAUCUAUCCUCAGCCUCGAAGAUCAUCCCCUCUCGCUCCUCAUCGGCAACAACGCGCCAGUCAAUCGGCAGUAGCUCUGCAACGCCUACUUCGCCGCGCGUCAGCUCAGCUCCUGAAGUCGCGACGAUUCACGUAGACGAGCCGCGGAGCCCGUCGCGGAGGAUUGGGAGGACACUCAGGAGGCAUCUCAAGCGGGAGGAGGCAACACGCGAGGAGUCUUUUGAGAUCGAUCCCGCGGAUGAGGCACCGCCGCCCUCGUACCAGGAGGCCAUGUCUUCCACCUCGUCAGUUCGCAGACAGCUUGCAAUUGCGGGUACCAGUGAAGAGCAGACUGCAUCGCAUCCAAGGUUGACAUAG